AGGUCGCUGACAGAGAUAAGCUUCAGAGAUGGCGACCGACGUACUUCCCUUUCCUUUCCGAGUGAACAGCCAUCAUGCCGCCUAAGAAGGAUACGAAAGGGUCUUCUAAGCAACCCCAGAAGACUCAGAAGAAAAAGGAGGGAGGAUCAGGUGGCAAAGCCAAAAAGAAGAAGUGGUCCAAAGGAAAAGUACGUGACAAAUUAAAUAAUCAAGUUCUGUUCGACAAGAGCACAUACGACAAAUUGUUGACAGAAGUACCUCAGUACAAAUUGAUCACACCGUCAAUUGUUAGCGAAAGAUUAAAGAUUCGUGGUUCACUUGCCAGGAGGGCAUUGAUAGAAUUACAACAAAAAGGACUUAUCAAACAAGUUGUGCAACACCAUGCACAACUGAUUUACACACGUACUACUAAGGGUGAUGAUCCUGCUGCAUAAAUCAUUUCAACGGAAUGUAUAAGUUCGUUUAAUAAAUAAUUUCUACACACUCA